AUGGCAGUUUUGUUGGCUAUGACAGGCUGAGUUCGAGUUGCCAGCUUCUCUGCGGUGAGGCGGCUGUCAUCAUGCAGGUGGAAUGUGCGCAGUUUAGACACUGGUAGGGGUCUUCCAGCCGGGAGCGCUCAGACGGAGCCUUUGACCACACUCUUAAAUGUCGUUCCGUUAAAUUUAGCUUUGAUAAGCACUCGUUGUUGUGUUGGAUGCUGACAGUUUGUUUUUCUAGGCUGGCGCAGUCUCUCAGCUGUGCUCGCAUGUGAUGCCACGGAGUACUGCGGGGAGUGACAUUUUCCCUGAAAACAACAGCGCAACUGCAGGAAAUCGGUGUCUUUUUAACCAGUGCUCCAUGACCAUGAUGGAUGAAGGAACUGUUUGUGAGAACACUCCGGAUCUGAAAGACAUAGAGGCGAAAAUCGGCCGGAAGACACCCGAGGGUUUGCUCAGGUGGAUGCGGGAAGAGGCAUCCUCUCUCCGGGGAGAGGACAAACUGGCCCCCGCCGUGCAGGAAACCGCAAAGGAGACGGGAAAAAAGAGCCUGGAUGAUAAGAUCAGAAAACUGAAGACUGAAAUGGCAUAUUUGCGCUCAGCGGACAUUAAGAUCCUACAGCAGCUGUUGGCGGUCCAUGAGGGCAUCGAGGCAGUCAAAUGGUUGCUGGAGGAGCGCAGCACACUGACAAGCCGUUGCAGCAGUCUGACCAGCAGCCAGUACAGCCUGGGCGAGGGCCCUGACACGUCCUGGAGAGGAUCCUGGAGUAGCCUGCAUGAUCCCAACGACAAGCUGGACAACAUUUCCAUCGGUAGUUACCUGGACACCUUGGCAGACGAUAUGGAUGAAUACUGCCCCUCAAGCUCAGAUUCAGUCAUCUGUUCUUCCACGCCACAGUUCUCAGAGGCUACUUCUGGGGGCCGGACAGCAGAAGUCUCCACAGCCAUGGUCUCUGCAAUGGCAACAGGGGACAAGCCUGGAGCUAAUGCAGGAAUUGGGAGGAAAGGGGUAAUAGGCAAUCGAUCGAGAUCAAAUGAAAAUGGAACUGCAAAAGGGACUGUUGUUAUCGGUGAUGUCAAUGGGAAUGGGAUCAUCGGAAAUGAAAAUGGAAAACCUGAUGGCAAAAAUGAUGCUUUACUUAGUACUAAUGUGGCAGAGGCACCUGUUUCUUUAAACAAUACCCAGACAAUCAAAGGCAAUGGGAACCUUGAAAAGACAACCGCACAAACAAUCAGCCACACUCAAACGAGCGUCAGCGAUAAACUGUCAAUGAAACCGAGUCCCAAACGUAAACCAUACAAAAACGGAAACGUUGACUUGGAUACUUGCAAACUAAAUGGCAAAAUGCAUCUGGAGUAUGAUGCUCACUGGCGGUGGGUGCAGUCACAAGAAGAUGUGACAUUUUUGUGAAACGACUACCAGCAUUCAUUCUGAUGAUUUCUAGUAUUGGCUAUUCCUUACUUCUGUUUCCAUACAAUAAUGACUAUAAAGAACACAAUAAAAUUAUUUGUUAUAUUUGCACAACAUUUUGAUGUUUUCCAAAAGAUAUAUUUUACCAUUACAAAUCAAAAAUCAUGUGCAAAGGCUCUUCUGAAGAUUUGUCCCAUCUAGUUUAUAUUUCCUGUCCAAGCACCAUCUAGAAAUCUAAACCAAACUAAAUAUAGACAUGAGUAAUGUGACUAUCUUUAGUCCUGACUAAGACAGCUUCGUAUUUAAUGACACUGUUAGAAACUCAACUUUGGAAUCUCAACAGUCUGAACUAUGUCAAUGUAGUAGAAGACCAAAGUUUAUCCCUCUUGGACUACAUUUGGGUCACCCAAUUAUUUAAAUGUGUAUCCGGUUGUGCAUACAAUGUAACUGAAGAAUUAUAUCAGUUAUAUAUGCUAAUUGCUUGUAACUGAAGAAUUAUAUCAGUUAUAUAUGCUAAUUGCUAAUGUAUUAACAAGUGAAACACAACAAAUACACUAUUAAGUGUUAUGAUCUGUGAGCAUGUUUGUCUCCAUCACAUAUAUAGUUAGCUGACCUAAAAACAGAGGGUUUUACCCUCAUUCUUUGUGCUAUGCACAUGAUGCAAAUUUGUUUGUGUGGAGCUAAAACAAUCAAUACUUAACCUUAUGUCUGCCAUAUGUUGAUGUACCUGCCGUGGCUUCUCGUAGCUGCAUUUUGAAUAUGCCUUCUUUUUGAGAUCCAAAUGUUGACCUUGUCAGUGCUUUAUUACAAACAGAUCUGUGCCCGACUGGUGAAACCCCUAAAGAUACUGCAACUGCCUAUCCUGUUCUUUCCCUCUUGAGAUGGAUGCACUGUUAUGAUAUGAGGAUAUCAAUGUAUUUUUGCCUGCUUCUGCCUUUCUGCUUGUGUGUAUAAAUGACUCUACCAUCAGUCUGUGUGCUCUCAUCUAAAUUUUAACAUCGAGUGGGUGUCACGGCAGGGUAAUGGACACAACUCAAAAAUGAUUUAAUUGUAGUGAAGCAGUGAUGUUUUUGUCAACGAUAAGAUAACGAAAAUAUUUCGUCGACAACCAAUUUUUUCAUGACAAAGACAAGCUAAAAAUGUGUCAGGGGAGGCUAAAACAAUGAGACUAAUGCCAGUUUUUGUCUGACGAGAUGAGAACAAGAUGAAAAUGCGUCAUAGUUCCGUCAUAAGUUCACAAUGUGUAACAUCUUCAUAUCAUUUGUGUAGUUAGCACGCAUCGUAGCAGUGUUUGGUUGUGUCACUCAUGUGACAUGCUGCACCCCAACACAAACAUUCUUACUCUCCGUGUCAUCCAGGAUCCAGACUUGCCUUUUGUGACACAUGUCAGGUGCGUCUUGGUAAGUUUUGUUUUAAUUACAGACCUCUACAUGCUUUGCAAGUGGAAAACCAGCAAAAUCGGCAGUGUAUCAAAUACUUGUUCUCCCCACUGUAUUAAUGGACUAAAACUUUCAAAGUUUAGUGACGGAAAUAUUUUGAGUAACUGUCAAAUAAAACUAGACGAAGACGAACUUAUUUUGAAAUUACUCAAAUAUGAGUAGGACUAAUAAGUAUUUUUGUCCAAGACUAAGACGAAAAUUAAAAGGACUGCAAAAAACAAUGCUGAAGUGAACAAAAACAAAGUACAGUGGUACCUCUACAUACGAUCACUUCGACACACGAUCUUUUCGACAUCCGACGUAAAAUUUGAGCCGCCAUUUGUUUCUACAUCCGACGAGUUGCUCAAAAUACGACGAUUUACGGCAGC